GUAGUAGGUACGAACAACGUUUGCUGAUAACAGUUCUGAUAAGAGUUUGGAAUAUCCUCCACUGUUAUAGGAAUCAGCAGAACAAUGAAAACCUUUAUAUUUCUUGUAAUAUUUAUGAUAUUCUUUCCUCCAAAUGAAGCAGCACUGAAGAUGUGCAGCAGAGGGUCCGAUUGCGGUGACAGCGAAUGCUGCGUGUCAAACAACCCCCCUCGUGGGAGGAGGUUUUUGGAUAGAAUCCAUGUGGGACAUUGCGUUCCAAUGGCAAAAGACGGAAAUAGUUGUCUUAUGAGGUAUGUACACUUGCAAACGAGGCCAGAAGAAGUUGUAUACGCAUGCCCCUGUAGUACAGGGCUGCAUUGUCACGGUGAUGGUCUCUAUGAAGUUCCACUGGGAGAAAGAGGUCACUGUACUUCUGCAUGAGUUUGUGGAAAUGUUCCAAACUGGCGUAACCUAUUGACAUGGAUGUGAACUAUUGACAUGAAUAUUUUACAAUUAAAUAGCUAUAUGCACA